UACCAACCUGUGAUUUCCCCUGCAGCCAACACUCUAACACUUACAGCCCACUUACUUUCCACCACCACACAGGCCAACAUGUCUCUCUCCAAUGCAGCUGCCAUUCUGUUCUUCAUAGUUCUGAACUGUGUGCACAUAGAGUCUCAAGAUUCUCUCCCACUUCCUACUCUUUCACUUGAUCCUUCUAUGAACACAAGUGACAUUCAGCUGCUUUCUCAGGUGAAGCUUCACUGCUCCAUCCCAGAUAAAGCUCCCUUUCCUGUAUUAGUCUAUAUAGCUCAUGUGGAUAAUCCAGUUGUAAAUUCAGCACGUUGGCCGAUCUUUUCGAACCUUAGGAGUGCAGAUGUCAUAAUUUUCACCAUCUUAAUGAACCCUGAAGCUGAAGGCACGUUUGUGUGCCGCUACCAAUCUACCAGAUCAAAACAAGACUCUGGACUUAGCAACUCUGUCAACUUAGUCAUAAAUUCUCUCCCGAAACCCAUCAUGUCCCUCAGACCUUCCCUAAUUCUUUUGGGUGGACGUUACGUUGCAGUGUGUACGACUCCAGCUGAUGGAUUCAUGAACGUCACAAUGCGCCUUUAUGAGCGUCCACUUCCCCUCACCCCUGGCAAAGAGGGUUUCAACUUUGUAGGAUCGCGAACGCUUGCACCAACAGAGAUUGGGGCAUCAGUCAAUAAAACAAUAGCUGUUGUCUCAACUGAGCAUGUCUGCACAAUGGAGGUGUUCUACAAAGGGAAGAUCCUGCAGUCUGCGUCCAUCCCUGUGGUAGCCAUACCAGAUGAGCUGCCAGCACGUCUGUAUUCGCCCGUUCGAGAUUCAGCAGCCUGUUCAGGAUAUUUGUCCAUGAGAGUGAAGGAUGUUUGGAGACCUGUGUGUUUUCCUCGCAGUUCCGAUUAUCAAUUAGAGGCGGCUGAUGUAGUGUGCAGAGAAGUGAAUUGUGGGCAUGCACUUGGAUGGGACACUCUUUCAGAUGGCAGUUCAAAUAUUUUGGGCACACCACAAUGCACUGGGAAAGAGAAGAAGAUAGCUGAAUGCCCUAUUGCUAACGUAAACUGUUAUAAUCCAUCCUUCCAUGUUAUCUGCUCAGGUGCCAUGCCUCCUCCUAAAUUCUCUGCAAUUGGACAUGGGUCUUCUUCGGUGGUGUACCUCAGGUCAGAAGAGUCAGUGACCCUCAGCUGCAGUUUGGAGUCAUCAUCACUGACAAGCAGUGACUGGAUAUAUCUUAAAAUUACACUAAAUGGAAAACGCAUGGACAGCAGACAUUUCAUAUCGACUGACAGCUUUCGGUAUACGUUCACUCCAAAAGUGAUGGAAGGAGAGUAUUCUUGCUUUGCCAGUCCAGAUUCAGGCUUCUUGAGGCAGUCAGAGAAAAGCAACUCAGUAUAUGUCUACAUCUAUGAUCCUCCACCUGCAGGAGCAGUAGCUGCUGCUGUUAUCACCACUGUAGCAGGAGCAGCGCUUCUUAUAUUCGUUUGUGUUUUUCGCAAAAGCCAAGAGGAGCUGCAGAGCAAUGCGCAUGCAGCAGCUACCCCUAACCCUGAGGUUACACAGCCUGGCAAUAGUACAAUUCCACCACAGGGGACUCUGCCACAAGUGUAGGAAAAGCUUAUUCACUUAAAUUGUUGUUUAUUUUUACAAUAAAAUAAAUAAUGAAAUAA